AUGGCUGGGAAGAAAGCCGGCCAGCUCAAGAAAGCCGAGACGAUGAAGGACUUGAAGUUGUUGCAGAAGCAGAAGCGCAUGGGCAAGGAUAAUGCCCACUGGCAAGCUCAGGUCGCGCAGGAGGCUAACUUGAAGGAACUCAUGGACUGGUGCGAGAAACAUCCUGAGGCAACGAGCGCCAUGCUCUGUCAGGUGCGGUCAGGGUCCUGGGAUUCGGGGUCGGAGAACGAAUCGGAGGCCGAGGAGAAGCUCCCACCCUAUCAAAACAAGGUCCACCUUUUGUCCAGGGACAACGUGGUCAAGCUCGUGUCCGGCUUCCUUCCAUCCAUGGGCGCUUUCAUUGAGAGCUUGCCGAAAAAGACGCCGAAAGCCGACCUCGGGUCAAUCCUGGCAUAUCUCACCAACAUGGACCCUGCCUCGGCCUUGCCAACCAAGAAGGUUGGGCCUUUGAGGGACUACUUCCGCGACCGCUGGGCCUUCUGGUCUGCCCACAGCUACUGGCGAUUGGAGGAUGAUGAGAGCGGUGAGAAGGUCGUGCGGUUUGUCCCCACUGGAGAAGUCCUGCCACUCCCGGACUGCAUCUGCGGUGAUGACACAGAGCUGGUCCUCGGUCACUCGUUCGCCAAAGCAGUCCUGAAGAGGGAUUUGGUUUCCCUGAGCGUCUCGUCAUUGUUGCAAAAGUCCCCGGACAUCAAGAUUGCUGGCCCGCUGUUUCUGAAGGACUGCGCUGACGCUGGGACUUUAGACGAGAAGCCUGAAGUCAAGACCCCGCCACGGAAGAGCCGGAAGACAACCAAGAAGCAAGGGUCUCCUGAAACAGGGGCCAAGCAGUUGAAAAUGUCCAGCCCUCAAAAGCCCAAGAGUGGCAAGGGCGGUCUGAGCGACGUUGAGUCGGCGUGGGUGGCAGAAGAAGCACCCACCACCCUGGCCUUCGUGAGGACUGGCGGGCUGCAGGGCUGGAACCAGACGCUGAAGCUGGCGCCACGGGACGCCUUCGCGGAGGGCUUGUGGUCACAAGUGCUACGCCUCGUCCUGGAUGGCCCCGCCAAAGGCGGCGCCUCGGACUUCGGCAGCUCCAACCUGCGGAAGCUCCGGGUGAGCGUGGCCUGCCGCGCCGCGCUGCUGGCGCUGCCUGUGCGUCUGGCGCCCUGGCGCUACGAGCGGGGCCAGCGCUCGCUGCUGGUGAACUUCGCCCAGAGCCUGGGCCAAGUCGCUUCCGCCGAACCGGCCGGCCAGAACGUUGGCGCGGUAAGCACGGAAGAAGAGGAGGAGGAGGACGCGCCAGAGGAGGCGGAGGAAGUGGUAGAACUGCUGCUGUGCUCCUUGAGCGACUCAGACACCGUGGUGCGCUGGGCCGCGGCAAAGGGCGUCGGCCGCAUCACAAACCGCCUGUCCCGGGACUUUGCAGACCAGGUCCUGGAGUCCCUCUUGGACCGCUGCUUCUCCUUCCGCGAGACCGACAAAAGCUGGCACGGGGGGUGCCUCGCUUUGGCGGAGCUCACGCGCCGUGGCCUUCUGCUGCCGGACCGUCUCAGCACCGUGGUGCCUUUGGUGUGCCAGGCGCUUCAUUUCGAGCAGGUCUCCGGGAACCACACGGUGGGGCAACACGUGCGGGACGCGGCCUGCUACGUGUGCUGGGCCUUCGCUCGCGCCUACGCCCCGGAGGUGCUGCAGCCAUUUGUGCAGGACCUGGCGAAGGCGCUGAUCCAGGUGGCCGUCUUCGACCGCGAGAUCAACUGCCGCCGCGCUGCAGCCGCCGCGGUGCAGGAGAACGUGGGGCGGCAAGGCACAUUUCCUGAUGGCAUCGAUGUGGUGACCAUUGCAGACUACUGGACUCUCUCCAGCAGACGCCACUCCUACCUGGAGGUGGCUCCCGAGAUCGCGCAGCUGGGCAAGGGCGGGUAUCGCCAGAGCCUCAUGGAGCAUUUGGUGGACCGGAAGCUGUCCCACCAGGAUAUGCAGAUCCGGCUUCUGGCUGCCCAAGGCCUCGCGCGCCUAGCACAAGCUGAGGAGGACAUGGACUUCCUGAACGCCACAGUGCUGCCCCGGCUUCUGGCACGUGCCGCGGAGGACCCCAAAGCGCCCUCCGGCGGCGGCACGGGCGGCGCGGGGAGCGGCACGGUGCAGGCGCGGCACGGCGCCGUGGAGGGCGCGGCCGCGCUCACGGAGGUGCUGCAGGACCGGGUCAGCGCGGAGAACCAGCAGGCGCUCCGGAACUUGGUCCCGGCCUUGGAGAAGGCCCGGGCCUACCGGGGCCGCGGCGGCGAGGUCAUCCGCCAGGCCGCGUGCCGGCUUCUGGGCCGAAUCGCGCGGACCUCGUGGGCCUUCAAGGACGCCACGGCGGUGCGGUACCUGCAGACGGUGGAGGAGUGUGCCCGCCACACCACGGAGCAGAUCCAGGUGGCCGCGGCGGAAGCCUUGCGAGAGCUGGCGGCCAAGCGGUUCAGCCAGGAGAUGAUCGCCAAGUGCGUGCAGAACUUCCUCCAAGGCCUCCGAAAGCCCGAUGAGACCAUCGCGGCGCGCCGGGGCUUCGCCCUCUGCCUGGGCGCGCUGCCCAUGGCGGCGCUGACUGACCAGCGCGAGGAGGUGCUCAGAGCGCUCUGUCAGGAAGCUUUGGGUACUGACCUGCCGGGGGGCAAGGAGCAAGAAGAUGACCCCAACACCCGGCAGUACGCGGUGCUUGCGCUGGGCACCUUGUGCGUAGACACGGAGCUUACAGACCCGGAGGUGGCGCUGCUGCUGAAGGCACUGCAGGGUGCCAUGCAGGACUACGCCACAGACCGGCGGGGCGAUGUGGGCUCCUGGGUUCGUGAGGUGGCGAUGGAGGUGGCGGUGGCGCUGCUGCAGCAGCAGAAGGUGGGCGCUCCGCCGCGGCUGGGGUCCUCGACGGAUCUGCUGGCGCAGCUGCUGCGGCAGGCCGUGGAGAAGAUCGACCGCCUCCGGGAGCGCGCCUUUGGUCUCCUGCGGCUGCUGUGCUUCGGGCGAACGAGAGGCAUCCACCUCGCCUAUCGCCGGGUACUGCACAAGGAGAGUCCUACGACGCCUCCGCCCUCGCGGCCGAAGCUUCCGCGGAACCGGCGGCGGAGCCGGCGGAGCCGGCGGCGUCUUCCGGCGCCUGGCCGCCAGCGGCGCUAG